UUAGUUAUCAUAUUGAUGAGUUAAUCAUGUGUUUUGUGCUCGCGAAUUAAAUAAAACUAUUACGUUGCGAUGACAUACGAGUUGAGUUAAUAUAAUGUGCAAUCUAAUUAAAACUGUCUAAAAAUUCAUUUUAUUUUAAUUUAUUAACGAUUUCCAUUAAAAUGUCUAAAUUUAUUACUCUGCCAGAUGAUUGUUUGUAUCAGAUAUUUUCAAAACUAUCACUAGUCGAUCAAGUAAAAUGCUCUGAGGUAUGUUGGCGUUUUCAUAGUACUAUCAGUUGUAUGAUAUGGCGCGUUAAAUAUAAGAAUUUUAAAACAAAUUCCGACAUCUUCAAUCCUCUCACAAAUCCAGAUUAUCAGAGAGUAUUUACUGCAAUUGUUAAAUACAUUGAGGAACUAAAUAUAGUAGAGACAAGAAAUCAUGCGUUCGCUUCAUAUUUGGGGCGCUACACCUACCGACCAGAGUUAGGAUAUUAUUUCAGAUUCGAUUAUGAACAUUUAAAUUCAUUUAUUUGUGAUGACUCAAGUUUGCACGAUGGCUAUGUACGCAUACUUGCUGGUUGUUGUCCAAACAUAAAAAAGCUCCAUGUUUCCAGUGAACAUGUUACCGGAGAAUAUAUAUCACUUUUUAAUCACUUGGAAGUGUUAUAUAUGCCACAUUGCUCGAUCAAACAAAAUAUAUUUAAUGAAUUAUGCUGCAAAUUUAAGCUGACACAUUUGGAUAUCCGUGCAUGUGAACUAGAUAUAUCGAUUCUGUAUAAAAAACCUAACACAACUUUAAUAGAACUUGCGAUAUGCUCUAAAAAAUCUUUUACAACGAACUGUAUUCAAAACUUCGAAAAUUUCCUGAAACUGAAGUACCUUAAGUUGGAUGAUAUAAUAUAUGAUGACCGUACAGAAAAUUUUAUAAAGAGUAUUGUACAUAAUAUUAAGGAAGUGCAAUACUUCAUUCGCUUUGAGACAAACCAACGAAAAUUUCAAGGAGAGAUACUUCCUAAAAUGACAAAAUUGAAAAAAUUGUACAUGUGGUUUAAUGGAUACUUCACAUCACCAUUUGAUAAUGACUCACUUGAAGAAUUACAUCUGAUACAUUUAUACAAACAUCAAUGUGAUCAAUCUUGGAUGCCAAACCUUAAAAAUUUGAAACAUAUUUAUUUAGGAGCAGGUGUUGAUCUAAUUAGUGUAACUAAACAUUGGUUGAUUAAUCUAAUAUCCCAGAUACAAUCUGGUGCUGGCAAUCCCCUUGUUUUACAUCUAUUUAAAACUGAAAUAGAUUAUUCAGAAGAGGGGUCCGAAAACUAUUAUAUAGAUUUUUUAAACCACGUUAAGCAUAUAGUGACUGUGAAGCAUGAUAUACCAGAAACACACCAAUUUGAAAAAAAUUCCUUUAUACAUUUCGAGUUUUAUUAAAUCAAAAU